AUGCCGACUCCGAUUCCUCGCCCGUCAGGUCUCCCGAUCCUGGGAAACGUGCUUUCUAUUAGCCCUGGCAAUACUUGGGGUUCUUUCAAUAAACUAGCGGUGAAUAAUAAGAAUUUUUACCCAAUUUUCAAAGUCACCAUCCUUGGCCACGACAUUGUCUUCAUCACCAGCGCAAAACUGCUCGAGGAGAUCUGCGAUGAGAGACGGUUUCAGAAAUGUGUGACCGGCCCCAUUGUCGAGAUCCGUGAGGCAGUCCACGACAGUCUGUUUACCGCGUACCCCAAUGAGCAAAGCUGGGGGAUUGCCCACCGGAUCAUGGCCCCUUUGAUGACGCCAGAGGCCGUGGUCGAAGCUUUUGCUGGGAUGCGUGAGACCGCCACAGAUCUGAUUAAAAAAUGGACUGCGGGCCCCCGGCAGCGGAUCAACGUCAGCGAUGAUAUGGACCGUCUGAACCACGCCGCCAACAUGCUCUGCUUCUUCGAUCAGCGGAUCCACUGCCUCGAGGGGCCAGAGCCCUCGGUCCUCAAGGCCAUGGAGGCUGCCACGUUCGAAGCCCUGCGUCGGCCCACCCGACCCAGGGUAUUGAAAUGGCUCAUCUACCAGCGUCGCUUCGACAGCUACAUCAAGACGAUGCGCGACUACGCCGCCGAGAUCGUGGCUAAGCGUCGCGCCUCUUCGACCGAGAAGAAGGACAUGCUUUAUGCCAUUAUGCACGGCAAGGACCCGCAGACUGGCAAAGCCCUCACGGACAGCCAGCACCUGGACGAGAUCAUCAACAUCUUCAUUGGAAGCGCCACGGCCGCCAACCUUGUCUCCUUUGCGUUGUAUUAUCUCAUGAAGAACCCGCACGAAAUCGCCCGCGCCCGCGAGGAGAUCGAUGCCGUGGUCGGCGGCCCGACCGCGCAGCUCGAACAUGAGCAUCUCGCCAGCCUGCCUUACUGCGAAGCCAUCCUGCGUGAAUCGCUGCGCCUGUCGGCUACCGCGCCAGGCUUCAACAUCGAGCCCAUUCCAGGACAGGAGGAGCCCGUCCUCCUCGCCGGCGGCGAGUACCAGGUCCCCAACAAGCAACCGCUCAUUGCGCUGCUGGCGGCCGUCAACCGCGACCCGGAGGUCUUCGAGGAGCCGAAUGCGUUCAAACCCGAGCGCAUGGUCGGCGAGAAGUACGACCAGCUUCCGUCCGGUGUGAAGAAGGGUUUUGGCAAUGGCAAGCGUGAGUGCUUUGGCAAGCGCUACGCCUGGGAAUGGUCAUUUAUGAUCCUGGUCACGAUCUUGAAGGACGUGGACUUUCAGCUGGCGGAUAAGAAUUACAAGACGGCAGUUGGAGGAGUCAAUUACAACGGGGCUUUCAGCACCAAGCCGUUGGGGUUGUUUGCGUUGACGGGACCUCGACAGAGCGUGUGA